CUUGAAUCAGUGUUUCAUAACGUAAUCGUAAACAUAAGCAGUGAAUGAGUGGAAGAAAUAUUUCAAUCAAUUUUGUUGUGAUUUGUAAUGCAUUUCAAUAUUUGGUGUCAAUUAAAGGCCUAAUCAUUGAGACAAUCGGCGGACACAACACAACACGUGUGUCACCAAAACACUUACCACUCAUUUGAUUGUCAAUUAUGUCCGACUCGGAGGACAACCCGCUGAGCAACGGAACCGAUGGCCAGCGCUCUGUCGUCAUCGACACCAACACCACCGACGAAGAGGACAACGGAUGGAUCCUGGAGUUAGAGUCGGCGCUAUUGGCCGACUGCGACCUCAACAUCAUUAAGAGGAUUACGAACCAGAAGUUGGUUCCACACCAUAUGCGCUACGAGUUCUGGCAGGUAUGUCUGGGAAUCAAAGGCCGCCACAAAGUGUUGUCCGACAUCUUUGAUUUGCCGGAACAGUCGGUGAUUCGGGCGGACUGUCAGAAGAUUGUGGACCAGUUCGCCAACUCUGACGACUCGGAACGGGUGGCCAUUCGGUCGGGAAUGGAGACCAUUAUCACCAACUUUUCCAAACUGAAUGACGUUCAGUACGUCAGUGACAACGGAUGGACAGAGAUAUUGGAGCCGCUGUUGACGCUGAAGCUGAAGACCGAAGACCUGUUCAAAGUGUUUGAAUCGAUUCAAUUGAAAUACAUUCCCAAAUGCUAUAAUUGUCGCGAUUAUGGCCGCAACGACCAGUCAUUUAAUUUGUUACGAUUACUACUUCAAUAUCACGAGCCGGAGCUCUGCUCCUAUUUAGACACUCUUAAGAUCACUCCAGAUCUCUACGCCAACACUUGGGUU